AUGUCAGCGAAAGAUUACUACGGCAACCAACAACAACAACCACAACAAUACGGAGGAUAUCCUCAGCAAGGAGGAUACGGAGGUCCACAACAAGGUGGAUAUGGUGGACCUCAACAAGGUUAUGGUCAGCAGCAACAAGGUGGUUACUACCCUCCUCCUCCUCAACAAUCUUAUCAACAACCUGGUCGUACCUAUCCCCAACCUCAACCUCAACAAGUAUACGUCCAACAACCUCCUAAAAAAUCAGGUGGAGCAGGUGGUGGAUGUUGUGCAUGUCUCGCUGGUGGUCAGUUACUUUUACACAAUUCCUCUAUGAUCCAUGCUCGACAUCAUCAGACGAAAUCACAAUCGUCGUCCUAA